GACCCAGCAGGUUCUGGUUCUACGGAGUGAGUCCUGGAGUUUGACUCUCUGCGGAGGAUCUAAGGAAUCCACCGGAUCUCCAUGGACCCGAGCCGCACAGAACCUGUGACUGAGGCCCGUCUGUCAGUCUACAGAACCACCAUGAAGGUCCGGUCUCUGCAGAGGUUCUGCCACAUGGACGCCAUCUUCAUUCAGCACAUUGCAGCAUCCUUCCAGCUGCUGGUGGGCGGGGCUAAUCCCAGGCGGGACGCCAUGUUGAACAGGGAAAGCGUGGCCAUGGUUCUCAACAGGAUGUUUAAUUGCGCGUCCCAGGAAGUGACUGCGGCGGCCUCAGAGGAGACUGGCAGUCUACUGUUCAGGCUGCUUGACCGAGAGGGGACCGGUCAGGUGUCGGCCCGGUCUCUGCAGACCGUUCUGGUCGCUCUGUCUGCGGACAGCGUGCUGGCCAAGUACAGGAGUCUGGUUCGUCUGUCAGGAGACUGCUCUGGAUCUGUCACCAGGACUGCACUCAGCUCUCUGCUGCAGGACCUCAGCAAGGUUCCUGCGGCGGUCCAGGAGCAGGAAGUGUUCGGCAGUGUGGAGGCAGCAGUCACUUCCUGUUUUAACCAGGACGGGGCCCCAGCUGUGAGCCAAUCACAUCUCCUCUCGUGGCUGAAGAGCGAGCCCCGGCUGUUGCUAUGGUUGCCGACUCUCUACAGACUGUCGGCCAGUCAGAAGGUGAGCCACGCCGUCCGCUGCCACACCUGUAAAGCCUUCCCCAUCGCCGGGCUCAGGUAUCGCUGCAGGAAGUGUGUGAACGUCCAGUGUCAGGAAUGCUUCCUGAACGGCCGGCAGACCAGGAAGCAUAAAACACACCACCCAGUGGUGGAGUUCUGCACUCAGCCCACCUGGAAAGAGUCUCUGUCCUCCUUGGUGCAUAAUGCUCGUCACACCCUGUUGCCACGGCGACAUACUCACAGAGCAGCUGAUAGGACGAGCGUCCUGACAUGGGCGGAGCCAACACAGACCCAGAACAGAGCUCCGCCCACCUCUGAUGCUGCAACGCCACCGGCCGCCUCGGCGCGCUCUUCGUCCUGUGAUGAGGAGGAGGCCCGGGACGCCGCGGUGCAGGCGUCUCCUCCUCUGUCCUCGUCCAAGUCUCUGCAGACAGAUGAGGCUCCGCCCCCCCAGCAGGUGAGGCAGCUCCAGCUGAGCGAAAGGCAGCGUAAUGACGCGUCCAUCCUGCAGGGGGCGGCGCUGCUGACUGAGGUCAGGAACCUGCAGAGAGACAAGUGGUUGCUGGAGCAACAGCUGGGGGCGUGGCGCCUCACCGUCCAAUCAGAGCAGGGCAUCCUGGAGGACCGCUGCUCUGAGAUGGAGGUCACCAUGGCAACGAUGAGGCAGCACAACGAAAAGCUGCAGGACAUGCUCAACCAGGCUCUGAGAAAGAUGGAGGCUCAACAACACGCCAACAACACGCAUCACACUGAGGGAGGAGCCGCAACGCCGACCUCUGACCCUCCAACCGAUGAGGAGGAAGAGGAGGAGCUGAUGAAGGAUGGGGACGAAUGGGGCAUGAAUGAGCCUCAAACUCCAUCUCCCACAAUUCCACACAAACCCAGUCUGUCACAUGAUGAACAGGAGGAGGAAAUGCCAGAGGAACGUCAGCCAAUAGGACGACAGGAAUCAUUAAAAGACUGUCAGCCAAUAGGACGACAGGAAUCAUUAAAAGACUGUCAGCCAAUAGGACGACAGGAAUCAUUAAAAGACUGUCAGCCAAUAGGACGACAGGAAUCAUUAAAAGACUGUCAGCCAAUAGGACGACAGGAAUCAUUAAAAGACUGUCAGCCAAUAGGACGACAGGAAUCAUUAAAAGACUGUCAGCCAAUAGAACGACAGGGAGACCUUGAGGAGGCGGGCCUACAAGCAAACAUUACCUGUCUGUCCGAUGAAGAGGAUCCUGGGACUUGUAGUCCUGAAGUCUUGCUGCAGCAGAUUGUGGACAGACUGAAGACAGAGAUGGACGGGGUGAGAGACAGAAACACAGGUGAGAGCGUGAGGGUGGAGCUAGCGGCGGCAGCGGAGCAGGUGGGGGACGCAGUGUCCAGCCUGGUGGACGCUGUGAGGACAAACUGAGCAGGCGUGGCUCUUAGAAAACGUUUUAUUCAGGACCAAUAUUUAAACACGCAGGUAGAAAAGGUAAAAACAUGGCCACCUGUUAAACUGGUGAGAAAGU